ACCAACCCCUUUUAUCCGCCCCUUGUAUUUUCCUUUUCCUUUUCGUCCAAACAUUUACUAUCCCACUUUUCUUCCACUCUCUCCUUGCCACCAUCUACGGCGGCUGCACCACCACUGCCACCACCAAGAAACUCUAAAAUAGCCUCCUGAUCCCGAUCUCUCAUUACAUAAACAGCAAGGGCUAUCCGUCCAAUACAACCUACAUGCUUCUCUAAAAAAUGCAUUCCCGUUUUGACCUUUUUUUCCAUUUCUAUUUCCCAGUUCAUUCCUCUCCUUUCUUUUCCAGAUCUCUCGUCGGCGCCAACCAUACCUCCGCUCGCUUCUGCUCUCGUUAAUCUUUCAACGAUUUCUCCGAGCUUUUUUUUUUGUUGAACAAAAAUCACACUGCAACCGUUACAACUCAAACAGAGGAAGAAAGGCAUCUUUUUUUUUUUUAAUUUUGUUUUGAAGUUAGUGUUAUCAUGGAACCUGCUACAGGGAAGUCGAGUCUUUUCAGGAAUAUUCUGGCGCGUGCUCUUAUUUUCGGUGUUCUCAUCAUGGUCUUCCGAUUUGCUUACGUGGUCAGCAUCACCGGCGAAUCUUGCAUUCUCAGUAGCUUCUGCUUCUUCUCCUUGCCGCAGAAUCUCAACUUCAUCGUCCCCGGUGCCGGUGUCUCCGCCAUCGUCGGGAACGACGCCGUUUCUCGCACCGAUUCUCGCCGUGACCUCUACACCAGUAAGGAGUGGAUCAGGGCCGUCCAUUUCUACUCUUCCGUUUUCCAAGAUCUGAUAUCCGAGGGUUUGCUCUCGCCUCACUCCAAGUCUCUCUGCGUGGAGACUCCCUUGGGACAGGAAGUGUUCGCGUUGAAAGAGAUCGGCGUGGAGAACUCCAUCGGUAUUUUCAAGAAAGCGGCCAAGCCUUUGGUGGUUAAAGGUGAGGGGCAUCAGAUACCGUUCGAUGAUAAUUCUUUUGACUUCAUAUUCUCCGGCGGAGCUCGCCUCGACGCAUCUGCUCGCCCGGCGGAUUUCGCGUCGGAAAUAGCUCGGACCCUGAAACCCGAAGGGUUUGUGGUGGUCCACGUCAAGGCUAAUGAUACAUACAGUUUCAACUCAUUACUUGAUUUGUUCAGUUCUUUCAAUUUAGUUAAAACGAUCGACAUGGCUGGUUUCGAUUCAUUAAUGCCUUAUAUUAGAGAGAUUGUGUUGAGAAAAGAUACUGUAAUUCGUAACCUUGGGGGUGGAAAGAUUCCCGAUGGUAUUUCAGGUAAUAAGUGCUCGGUUCCGGGGCACAAACGGGAAUUGGUCCAAAAAGCAGAGCCGCUUAUUGAGGAAGAGCCAUUGAAGCCAUGGAUUACCUUGAAAAGGAAUAUAAACAACGUGAAGUAUUUGCCAUCAAUGGUUGAUAUAAGUUUCAAGAACCGAUACGUGUAUGUUGAUGUUGGGGCUAGGAGUUACGGUUCUAGUAUUGGAAGCUGGUUCAGGAAACAAUACCCCAAACAGAACAAGACCUUUCAUGUAUAUGCCAUCGAGGCCGACAAGACUUUCCAUCAGCAGUAUGAAUCGAAGAAGAAGACGGUCACGCUGUUGCCGUAUGCAGCAUGGGUUAAGAACGAGACACUGCGAUUCGAGAUUAACCGCGAUCCCGGCCAAGAAGAAGUGGAUGAGCUUAAAGAUAAAGGCAGAGGGAUGGGCAGAAUCCAACCGGUGAAAUCAAGCGGAGGGGAGGUGGACAAGAUCCAAGGAAUCGAUUUCGCGGAGUGGUUGAAAAACACUGUGACAGAGAGCGAUUUCGUGGUGAUGAAGAUGGAUGUGGAAGGAACUGAAUUCGAUUUGAUUCCGAGGCUUUUCAAAACAGGGGCAAUCUGUUUGAUCGAUGAGAUAUUCCUCGAAUGCCAUUACAAUAGGUGGCAGAGGUGUUGUCCUGGUCAAAGGAGUGCUAAAUAUGAGAAGACAUACGGCCAAUGCUUGCAACUCUUUACUUCACUCCGUGAAAGCGGGGUUCUUGUCCAUCAAUGGUGGUGAGUGAGUUUCAUUAGCCUUCCUAUGUUGUGAGUCAACUAUAUAGGUUCUUACGUUCAUUCUGGGUUUUAGCUUGUUACAUCAGUUGUUCAGUUCAUUCAUUUAAAUGGGAAUGUAGGUACAAAUCGAAAUUUAUCAUUUA